AUGGCAGACAAAGGCGGCAAGAAAAUCAUCUGCGUCAACAAGCGGGCGCGCUUCGACUAUGCGAUUGACGAGGUGUUCGAAGCCGGGCUGGUUCUGCACGGGACGGAGGUUAAGUCCCUGCGGGCCGGGCGGGCGACCUUGAAGGAUGCCUACGCCGAGGCCCGCGACGGCGAGAUGUUUCUGCUGCAUGCGUACAUCAAUCAGUACGAACAGGCCAACCGCUUCAACCACGAGCCUGAACGGCCCCGCAAGCUCCUCCUGCACAAGCGGGAGAUUCAUCGACUCGCCGGCAAGGCGCAGGAACGGGGGCUGACGCUGAUUCCGACCCGUAUGUAUUUUAGCCGCGGCAAGGCGAAGGUUGAACUGGGUCUCGCCAAGGGUAAGCGGCAAUACGACAAGCGACAGGACAUGAAACGCCGCGACGCGCAGCGCGACAUCGCGCGGGCGCUGGCCGGUGAGUAA